AUGCCGGUAGGGAACAUUGACCGUGUGCUGAUCGAGCUGCGCCCUCGGUUGCAAAGUGCCAAUUUUUUCAUCUGCUUCAGCCGACGCUUUGCAGAAAUCAAGUCUACCAAAAUCGAUCUAGGCUCGGAUCGAAUUACCAUCAGCACUGAAAAUAACGACGAACGGUACGAAAUAAGACUUGGAGAUUAUUUUAAGUUGCACACGCAAACGCUGAGCUCGUUGCUUAUCAAAAAUAAUUAUAUUUGUUUCCGGAUUAACACCAACGAAAAUAAGUUCCACUCUGAAGUGCUGGAAAUCAAUGAGUAUAAUGCCUGUACGGAUCUUAAGCUGGAGUGCAGUCUUCAAACUGGGACUGCCUAUAAGAUCACUUGCAGUAAUUGCGGAAAUCCUCUGAAGGAAGAUGUCUUGGCUUUCAAGCGCAUACUCGAGUUGCCUUCGGAUCAUAUGGACAGCAACGAAUGGUACUGUCACAAACAUCCGCAUGGUGAUGAUGCGGCAAGAACAGACGCUCAUUCCAACGCAAAUGGUGUACAAUGCUCUUCCUCGUCGACGCAGGCGCCUCAUAUCAACAAAUUUUCUCCUUCGGAAUCUGAUCUAUUCUACGGUCCAUUCUAUGCUUUACUGUAUGGAAAACAUCUUCAAAGGGUUCACCUACGAGCGGAUCGGUUCCUAUACUGUAAGCGGUGUUUGCAGUUCUUGGGGACAAUGAAGCGGAAUGGUAGUGCUAAAUUGUGGUACGAAUGCGUACGCUUCCAGCCACAAAGUGAGGACAAGUCUGAUGAACUCAACUCAGCAGCGUGUGGUUUGUUUCGCGUCGAUCAAUCGUUACCAAACUUCCAAUACCUAGUCCGCAAAACGGUGAACGAUUUCAACUUUAUUUCACAUCUGGGGCUUCCGCCUAUCUUCAAGCUUAUUUUUGAAAUGCGGCGUCCCGGCCUCGAUGGGGAUGUGUUCUACCUCUUGAUGCAGAUUAUGGACGUGAAUCUUAAUGUGUUCAAAAUUCGCAAGGAUACCGAUACGGAUUCCUCCGCAUCCGACGAGCAGGGUGAAGGUGCUCCUUCGGAUUACGAGGACAAUGACGAGGUGUUCGUGCCGGCGCGGAAGGCGCAUCGUAAUAUUCACCUGGACCGGCACAGAGUCAUGAAGGUGAUGUACAGGUAUGAAAAGUAUGAAGACCAGCCCAUUAUCAAUUUUUGGUUGCAAGAUUAUAACGUAGUUAGUGUUGAACUUUCGGAACAGAUGUUCAAAACGGCUAUUCGAUAUUUGGAUAGCAAUACGGACUACGUUCCCGAAUGUUAUCGGAACAAUCUGGGGUUUAAUUUGAGCUAUUUGGACAUUACAUAGGAUAUUUUUUCAAUGUGAAAUUCUGGACGUCAA